GCGCGCGACCUGGCGCCGCCGCCGCCGCCGCCGCCGCCGCCGCCGCCUCCGCGCUCGUGGCCGGGACCCGCGGGGCCGCCUCCUCCGGGCUCCCCGGCGCCGCUGGGCUCCCGGGCGUGCGGCAGGUGCAGCGCGGCCGCGCGGCCGGCAAGGGGGGCGCCGCGGCAGCGGGUGAAUGAGAGUUGGCCCCGAUCUCCGCGCAGGUGUGUCCCAUGGGCGACCAGGAUGUCCUUUUGGCUGAGCGUACAGCAGGCACGCUGGGCACACCCCGGCCGGGACUAAGACGGAUACUCUGUUCAACAGCCCAUGCUUAAGAAUGCAGGGAGAAGUGUGAGUCACGUCACAAGUAUUUCACGAGAAAGUCUAAGGACCCCGACCGUCAUGUUAAGGUAAAGCAGAGAGGCUCAGUGCUGAACAUGCUAAGGAGGCUGGACAAAAUCAGGUUCAGAGGUCAUAAGAGAGAUGACUUCCUCGACCUAGCAGAGUCUCCGAAUGCCUCGGACACCGAAUGUGGAGAUGAAGUGCCCCUGAGAAUACCUCGGACCUCGCCCCGGGACAGCGAGGAGCUGAGGGACCCUGCCGGUCCGGGGACCCUCAUCAUGGCUGCCGGAGUCCAGGACUUUAACCGGACAGAGUUUGAUCGAUUAAAUGAGAUCAAAGGCCACCUGGAAAUUGCCUUAUUGGAAAAGCACUUCUUACAGGAGGAGCUCCGCAAGCUGAGGGAGGAAACCAACGCGGAGCUGCUUCGCCAGGAGCUGGACCGCGAGCGGCAGCGGCGCAUGGAGCUGGAGCAGAAGGUGCAGGAGGUGCUGAAGGCCAGAACCGAGGAGCAGCCGGCUCCGCAGCCUCCGAAGGGACAGGCCCAGGUCAAUAACGGAGCAGACCGGCGGAGCCAGGGGCUGUGCCCCCGGGUCCAGAAGUGGUUUUACGAGAAGUUUGGGGAGUACGUGGAGGACUUCCGGUUCCAGCCCGAGGAGAGCACCGUGGAGACGGAGGAGCCCCUCAGCGCCCGGAGGUUGACGGAAAACAUGAGGCGACUCAAGCGCGGUGCCAAACCCGUCACCAGCUUUGUGAAGAACCUCUCUGCCUUAUCGGACUGGUACUCCGUCUACACGUCCGCCAUUGCCUUCACCGUGUACAUGAACGCCGUGUGGCAUGGCUGGGCCGUCCCCAUGUUCUUAUUCCUAGCAAUUCUGAGGUUAUCCCUCAAUUACCUCAUAGCCAGGGGCUGGAGGAUACAGUGGAGCAUCGUGCCUGAGGUGUCAGAGCCUGUGGAGCCUCCAAAGGAGGACCUGACCGUGUCUGAGAAAUUCCAGCUCGUGCUGGACGUCGCCCAGAAAGCCCAGAAUCUCUUUGGCAAGAUGGCCGACAUCCUGGAAAAGAUCAAGAACCUGUUCAUGUGGGUCCAGCCUGAGAUCACACAGAAGCUGUACGUGGCGCUGUGGGCCGCCUUUCUCGCUUCCUGCUUCUUCCCCUACCGCCUGGUGGGGCUGGCCCUGGGACUCUACGCCGGAAUCAAGUUUUUCCUGAUUGAUUUUAUCUUCAAACGCUGCCCGAGACUGCGAGCCAAAUACGACACCCCCUACAUCAUCUGGAAGAGCCUGCCCACGGACCCCCAGCUCAAAGAGCGCUCCAACGCCGCCGUGUCGCGCCGGCUGCAGACCGCCUCCUCGCGGAGCUAUGUGUCCAGCGCGCCCGCCGGCCUGAGCAAGGAUGAAGACACUGGUCGCUUUCAUGGUACCAAGAAAGGCAAUUUCCACGAGAUCUUUAACUUGACAGAGAACGAGCGACCACUGGCAGUGUGCGAGAAUGGCUGGCGCUGCUGCCUGAUUAACCGGGACCGGAAGAUGCCCACGGACUACAUCCGCAACGGGGUUCUGUACGUGACGGAGAAUUACUUGUGCUUCGAAAGCUCCAAAUCCGGUUCUUCCAAGAGAAACAAAGUUAUCAAGCUGGUGGACAUCACGGACAUCCAGAAGUACAAGGUCCUCUCUGUCCUCCCGGGUUCAGGCAUGGGGAUCGCCGUGUCGACGCCAUCGACCCAGAAACCGCUGGUGUUUGGUGCCAUGGUGCACAGAGACGAGGCCUUUGAGACCAUCUUCAGCCAGUACGUGAAAAUCACAGCGGCGGCGGCGUCUGGCACCGACAGCUAGUGUUGCUCCUCUGGGGAUGUUGCUGGAAGGUGUUGUUGUUGUUCUCUUUUUUCUUUGUUUUUUUUUUUUUUGUUUUUUUUUAAACGAUUUGAUAGUGGAAAAUCUUUGGACAUCCUGAUCUUUUGCAAUAAUUCCCCUCGAUCUAUGGUUUCUAUUGUGUUUCCCCUGCGUUUGAUGGACCCCCUCACGCAGGGGUGGGGCCGCAGCCAGUGCCAGCCCACCUGAUGGGUGAGGCGUGUCCCGUGGACGCAGAGGCAGGGGUCCGCGGAGGCCCACGGGAAGGAGGACACGCAGCGCGCGCCUGCCCCAGCCAGCGCCUGGCGCAGCGGCCGCCUCAAUGCCCCCGCCUGGGCAGAGCCCCCGCCGUGCCCCAGCCCUCCGGAGGCUGAAGCUCUUCCACACCAGAAGCCAUAGCUGAGGAGCACUCACGGCCCCUCCUCCCGGGGGUGAGGGACGUCGGUGCCCAGCAGCUCCGAGGCCCCUGCACCGUGGCCGGAAACGGGCCGGUCGGUCUCGCGCCUUCCCCUAGCGAGACCCCUGCUGCGCGUCCUCCCAGCGAGGCUGGGCCGGGAGCGCCAUCCGGCCUCCGCCCUGUGCUGCCCUUCAGUGGGGGCGGCGAUGCUGGGCUGCCCCACCUGCGCCGUCCUGAGGAGCCCCCGGGAGUCCCGGACGGGGUAACCGUGAGGACAGGGAGUGACGUGCUGGUAGAAGCACAUCGCUGUCGCGUUGCCCUGCGGGGAGCCCCGUGGAGCACGCCGCAAGGCCCGUGGGUCCGGGCUAUGCUCUCAGACGAAAAUCGGCCACGACGUGGCCUGUGCUGCCCUCCGCGUGAGGGAGGGGGCUCUGGGGUCCUGGUGGGGUAGGGACGGAAGCAGCCGGGCUUGUGCCACCCGGGGGUGCCAUACAGGGACGCUCCGGAGGGCACCAGCUUGGGGGAGCACCAGCUCGGGGAGCACUCCGGAGGUUUGGGGCCGGGCGGUCUGCACCCCUGGUGUCCGACGGUGUCCCCGAAGGAGGACGCGCAGCUGUGCGGGCGGCUCGCACCCAGGGUGGGGGUGGGGUGAGCCAGCACCCAUCCGCCCCACCCCUGCCGGAGGCCAGCAGUCCUGUGGCGGAGGCCGGGGUGGGGCGGGGGUGCUGUGUGGGGACAGGCCUGUGACGUCUGAAGGACAGGCUGAGACCGUGGCGGUCAGCGGUCAGCACACUUCCGACUCGACUACUCCGGCCCCUCGGCUUGUUCCAAGUCCUUUCGGGUGUCACUAGGAUUGUUUUUUGAAGAAACAGAAGAUUAUAUUUUUUACAGAGAGCAAGCUGUUUUUCUUAUUUUUGUAUCAUUUUUCAGAUGUAAUUUUUACCUUUGCUCCAAUCCUAAUUUGCUGGUUUGGGUGAGACCCGGUGGCAUCGCUCAAGCCCCCCUUCCCAGGGGACUGGAGCGCCACACUCCAGGGCCUGGGCAGCGCCCCCGGGGAGCCCCGCCGACCAGUCUGAUGAAGCACACCCCCCGCCCGGUCGGUGAGAUCUGAGGGCACCGCGGCCCCCACCGGCUCUGGCCCCGCCGGUCGCCCUUCCGUAACACCGGAGGCAGAACCCGCUCUAAACCCUGGCUUUGGCUGCCACAAAGCUGGACCGGCUCCCGUGGCCCCGGGGAGGGUCUCGGGCACACCUGGGGGAUGCCCCCCCCCAGCGGACCCUCCCUCCGUGCCCAAGGUGCGUGGGGACGGGCUGCAGGGUGAUCCCCCGGGGGCCGCUCACACCCCUCCCCAGGGCCGCCAAGGGGUCGGGGUGUGGCCUGUCUACGGGGUGGCCUCACCCUCUUCAGCCGAGGGGGUGGUUUGGUUUGAGUCCCUUUUGAGGAGAAAGGGAGAUGAAAACUGACCACGAGCUGAGCACGGCCACGGGGGGGAACGCGGACCCCUGUGGGCUCCGAGCCUCCUGGCCGAGAGCACCAUCGUUUCUAUUGAAUUGUGUAAAUCUGGGCAGAUGUUUCAUUUCUAUGACUAAUCACUGAACUAGAACGAAUGUUACAUUUUUCUACGUCUGAAGCUUCAGUCUAUUUUGGAUCCUGUAAAUAGUCGUUACUGCUGUCGUUUUUGUUCAACAAAAGGAUUGUACUGUAUGAAGAAACGAUGAAAAACCCCUGUAACAUUUUUUUAAGAAAACUUUGUUUGUUUAAAGAAGUCUUGUAUAAAUUAUAAUUUUUAUUUAAAUAAACCUGAAAUGCUUUGUGCUCA